GUAGGUAUUGUAACCUAAUAUUUGGCUGCAAAUCACAGACCAAUAACAUCAUUGCAAAGCGCGGGCGGGACACUUUCAUUAGUCGUAACAGCAGAUUCUAGGUGAUUUAUUGUGAUUUUCGCGAAUUGAUUUGGUUGAGUUAAUACAGUCAAAUUAAAAAAAAAAAAAAGGACUUUAGUAAUAGCAAUUAAAUAGACAACAAGCAGUCACAAGAAAGUUUCACAGCUUAAGUUCUAGUGUUCUAGUGAAUAAAGUUUCUAGUGAAUGGCUUAAUUUAUAUUAUUAUAAGUUGAUUGCUUAAAUGUUGGCAAUGUCACAUAUUAAUGACAUCCUAGGGGUAAUGAGAGGUCUCCGUCAGGUGAUUGAUGCAGGUGUCAAACUGCAGCAAGAAAGUACUAGACUAGUAUGGAAUAACUCUAGUAUCAGACAGCCUCUUAAGUACUGCUCAACUAACACACUUUCAACUUACAAGCCUAACCCUGACAAUGCAAGUGAUCUUUUUGAAAGGACUAUGGUGGUGGUGCAUGGUAUCAAGAAGUAUGUCACUAUGUAUAAAUCUAGUUUGGACAAUAACUUAGAUGUUGCUGUAACCAUGGAUCCACAAUUGCAAGAAGACAUUGAAACCCUUAAUAAGCAGUUUGAUGAGACUUUUGAGAGCUUAAAACAAACACAGAAGAAAAUUAUUUCCUCUACUGUGGUUCCGUCAGUCGAGGAGCAUGUGAAGCCUGUGGAGAAAAAUGUACCUGAAAAAACUUCUGAAAGUAAAUCUAAGGCUCAGCACAAUGAAGUUUUAAAAUCGAAAAUAGUUCCUGAGCCUAGAGUGGAUGCCAGUACAAGUCGUACAAUUCCUAAACCAGUUGCUAAGAAAAAGUUGAAACUAAGUGAGAAUUCAAAAGCUCGCGUGGUGCCGUCUUCGCGUAUUGGUCGAAUGGUGUCGUUUGGAUCCCUCGCGGCGGGCCUUGGAAUUGGAACUGUGGCGCAGUAUGCCCGGAACACGUUGCAGUCGGUCACUGGGCGAGUGGACGAGUCUUCCAAUCUAUUCCUAUCGCCAGCCAAUGCUGAGAGAAUAGUUGAUACGCUGUGUAAAGUGAGAGGUGCAGCACUGAAGCUCGGUCAGCUGUUGAGUAUCCAAGAUGAUUCCGUGAUCCCUUCGGAUCUUCAGCGUAUAUUUGACCGCGUCCGUCAGUCGGCAGACUUCAUGCCGACCUGGCAAGUGGAGAAGGUGAUGACGUCACAACUCGGCCCUAACUGGCGGGAAAAGGUGAAGCACUUUGAGGAGCAACCCUUCGCUGCAGCCUCAAUCGGACAAGUGCAUUUAGCGGUUCUUCACAGUGGCCAAGAAGUUGCUAUGAAGGUGCAAUACCCAGGAGUGGCGAAGGGUAUCGACAGUGAUAUAGAUAAUCUCGUUGGAGUCUUAAAAGUGUGGAAUAUGUUUCCGAAAGGCAUGUUUAUCGACAAUGUAGUCGAAGUGGCGAAGAAGGAGUUGGCUUGGGAAGUCGACUACACACGGGAGGCCGAAUGCACGCGAAUGUUCAAAAAACUUCUGGAACCAUAUCCCGAGUACUACGUUCCCACUGUCAUAGACGAACUUUGUGCAUCGGAGGUCAUAACAACAGAGUUAGUAGAAGGAACGCCAAUAGAAAAGUUCUUUGACGCUCCGUACGAAGUGAAAUACGACAUCGCUUACAAAAUAAUGCAUCUUUGCCUACGGGAGAUGUUCGUUUUACGCUGCAUGCAGACUGAUCCUAAUUGGGCCAAUUUCUUCUACAAUAGCAAUACCAAGCAGGUAGUGUUGCUGGACUUUGGAGCUACUCGUCAAUAUUCCAAGGAGUUCAUGGAUCAAUACAUCGAAAUAAUUAAAGCGGCUUCCGAGGGCGACCGUGAGACCAUCUUGAAAAAAUCACUGGAGAUGAAAUUUUUGACGGGAUAUGAGUCCAAGAUAAUGGAAGAAACGCACGUGGAUACGGUCCUUAUCAUGGGAGAAGUAUUUACCAUGAAAGGUUCCGGAGAAUUUGACUUCGGUGCUCAGAAUACAACGAGACGCAUCCAAGCUGUCGUCCCGACAAUACUGACCCACAGGCUGUGCCCACCUCCAGAGGAAAUAUAUUCUUUACACAGGAAACUCUCUGGGGUCUUUCUGCUCUGUUCCAAAAUGAAGAUUAAGAUGAACUGUAGGGAUAUGUUCGAAGAAAUAUAUCAACAGUAUAAAACCUUAACAUAGCAUUAAAAGGUACAAAUCAUAGAUGUCAUAGUACGCUAGGUGUAGCGAUUGGAGACAUAUUUUUGAAGCAACUUGAUUAUCGCCAUUUUGGCGCUGAUAGUAGCAGUAAACGUCAUGCGAGCGUACUCAGAACUAAACGAGGAACAUGAGGAUCAUUUGACACAAAGUGUCAAUUUUAAUUCAUACCCGGUGCGCUCAAUGGGGCGCUUCGAAUCAACACAAAAAAGAACUUUCAUUUUGUAUGGCACAACAUAUCUAGCGAACUAUGUAUCUUUGCUACAAUCUUGCUUAGAUAUGAAAAAUAAAUAUGUAUUUACGUUCCUAACAAACUAACAACUAAGUACUUUGAUAAAAUAUUAAAAAAAAUGGUUUAUUAUAAAUGAAUAAAAAACGAGACCCUAUCGAACACAAGAUACAAAUAUUUCUAUUAGAAAUAUAAAAUAUCCAUCUUGUCAAAAUAUUUAUUAACACGUUUUUUUAUUUUUUUUGUAAUAAAUCAACAACUAUGGUAAAAUAAAAUAAAAAAAAUUAUAAAUAUUUUAUAACGAUACUAGGUUAGGUCAUACGGCGUUUGUUACGUCGUUACCGAGUCUGUAUUUUUAUUGGAUUGGUUUUAGUAUUUUAGUAAUUUAUUGCAAAAUGUUAUGACCUAGGUUCUAAAUAUAAAUCCAUACGCAAGUCAAGUGCAAAUUUAAAUUACAAAUAAAUAUUUUAUUUUUCCAAAUCAUUUGUGUUUGGGUUAUUUUGACUCGCACGUGUUAAGUGUGUAUAGAUUAAUUUUUAGAAUCUAAGUACUAUUUAAACUCUUGUUUAGUAUUAAUAUUUUUGUGCCUUGCUUAAAAUUACAACUUUACGCACAUGUAACAUGAAAAAAAAAAUAUAUAUCUUUACAAACAAUGUCUUUAAAAACAACUUUUUCAAACAAUUAUUAUAACAUUCAGAUUAGGUAGACUAUUAGAUAUCUUUUGUAGCUACACAAUUUCUAGCAGUAUGCUGUCGUCGUCGUCGUAUAACUCCAAGAAUGUUUUUGAGCUAUCGCUAACAGAUCGGUCAUGCGCUAGUCGCUUCUUCGCAACUCGCGUCUGUUGCUGUCUUGUCGAGGUGAAAAAUGUACGUAAUAAUGUUUUAUACUACAAAAGAUUAAGUUGUUAGUUUUAAUGUCUGUGAUUUAUUGUAACUAAGCUACUUACCUACCUCUUACGUUAAAUAAAAAAGUUUCUUAACAUA